AUGGAUACAUUGAAAAACAAGCUACAAGACAAUUGUUUCUCUUCCCGUGCAGCGUCGCAGUCGGAAUGGUCUGACGAAGAAGAGCCGCUGGCCCCUCAGUGGGCCGACAGCCUCCCCGCGCACGUGCUGGACUCGCUGCAGCUCAGCUCCAGGCUCAGGAAACGGCAGGAGGUUAUACACGAAUCCGCGCCGGCACUCCUCCCCCCCGAUGACUUGAAGGCGUUGUUCCCCAACUUGCCGGAAGUGAGAGACUGGCACCAGGCGUUGCACCAGAGGCUGAGAGCGGCGAGGAAUGCGGCGCCGGCGCAUCAGCUGUCGUUGAGGGCGUUGGCUCAAGCUUUGCUCGGAACGAGGUUAGCGCUGGAAUCGUUGCGGGAGAGGCGGCGCAAGAACAAAGAGUUACAUCAGUUUCUGUCCAGCCGGGAACAGCUGCCCCUCUGCGGGAGACUGCAGCUGAGGGAUCUACUCGCUUGCGUUUGGCAGAGGCUAACGAAAUACCGGCUGUUACUAGAGAGUGUAUUAAAAACAGUAUCAGAAGAUGAGGACUCGGCAGAAGACGUCGAAUUACUGCAGAAGUCUUUAGACAGCGCUAAAGACAUGCUACUCAGCGUCGACCAAGCUAUCAGAACUACUGAGAACGAGCACAGUUGGGUGAAUUGCAUCCAAGAAGCUCCGUUGGCCCGCGUGGAACUGAAGCAAACCAUCACCCCCUCACACCAACCCUCCAGGUCUACCGACGACGAGGACGCGUCGGAGAAGUCUAACCCCGUAGUUACGGACGAACCGGAGAGCGACAAGGACGGCACGCCCGCGCCCAUACAGGCGGAGCGAGACAACACUCCGGUGCCCGCCCCCACCGAUAACGGUGACGAGGAAGAGAACACGGACUCGGUGGCCAAGGAGAAGGAGGACAGCGGGGAAUGUGAGGAGAAGAUUGCUGCCGAGGCUCACGUGGCCACUACGUUACGCGCCACGCGUCAGUCGUCGGUGGAGAGCAGCGAUGAGGACGGCGCCGACUGUCCCGACAUACGGCAGCUGCUGCUGGCGGCGCACGCGCAAGGUAAUGUAUAUAUAUAUAUGAGGACGGCGCCGACUGUCCCGACAUACGGCAGCUGCUGCUGGCGGCGCACGCGCAAGGUAAUGUAUAUAUAUAUAUAUGAGGACGGCGCCGACUGUCCCGACAUACGGCAGCUGCUGCUGGCGGCGCACGCGCAAGAUUACCAAAUGACCGACGAGAUAUAUUUCCUGAAACCAGACGCGGAGCAACCUAUACAGGACCAACCAAGUAACGGAGGGUGA